GGCCUAGGCUCAGAGAGGGACAGAUCAAAAAGCAGGACAGAGCCCUUGACCAGGCGCUGAGUGUGCUGGGGACCAGAGAAGCACAGAUCAUUGGCUGGAACCCAGCUCACAGGAGGAAGAGGCCCGUGGCAGGACAGCAGAGUAGCAGGAGCAACCACCCAGCCACAGUGCCACCCCAGGGACGAGGCAGUGCUGGAUUCAGAGACCAUGACCAGACCCUGGGGACUGUCCCUGCUUCUCCUCACCAUCCAGGUGGCCCUAGUGGCCAGCACAUACUCAGCCAAGAACACGUUGAAGGUUUUGAGGCCAUUCAAAUCUGUCGAGAUCUCAGACGCAAACAUGAGGCAGUGCCUGUGGUUUGCCAUGCAGGAAUACAACAAAGAGAGUGAGGACGAAUACAUCUUCCUUGUGAGCCAGAUCUUGCAGGCCCAGAUGCAGCUCACAGAGUGGCUCAUGGAGUUCAUGAUUGAUGUCGAAAUUGCCCGCAGCAAUUGUAAAAAGCCUCUAACUAAUGAUGAGAGCUGUGUCAUUGAAGAAAACUCCAUACUGGAAAAGAGAGUGAGUUGCAACUUUUUGGUGGGAGCGCUUCCCUGGAACGGCAAUUUCUCGGUGUUGAAGAAGGAGUGCUCAGACACUGAAAUCUAAGGAAGGUCUGGAGAGUGAAGAGCACCCUACCCUGCCUUUUCCUGAGAUAAAAGAAAGGACAGUGCCAGCCA